AGAUAUGUGAGUGACAAAUUGGUAUGGACAAACGAUGCUACAGUCUUGGCAGUCGUCCAAGCAGACUGGCCGCGGCAGCCUUGGAUGAAUUCGGGAUUUGCACCUCCCCGUGGCAGCAUGGGUUGAACGCAAAGAGGUUUGAAGCCCGGUUCGUGGCAGUCAUGGACGGCGAAGAAUCGCCAAUGGCGGAGAUGUUUACUCUAUUCCCGCACGAGUCGGCUGUCGUCAUGCAGCGCGGCAUUGAACUUGGCAUCAUUUGCAGUUGCUUUUUGGUGCUUCACUGCUGGCUGCUAGUCUGGCAAUUCUGGCGAUCCCAGGAUGAAACGGAUUUCAUCUUGCGGCUCCUUUGCCUGGCGCGGAUUGUUUGCGCAAUCCCGAGGCCCUAUUUUUGGAUUCGCACCCGGCGGCUCUUUGUCCAGGCUCGGUACCAGCCCACCCCGCAGCUGGUCACCAGAAGAUUGCUGGAUGUCUACUGCAAUCCUUUCGGCAUUGAGAAAGCGCUGCUGCUCUUCUACUAUGGCUGGCUGGCUGCAGUGACUCUUGUGGUCUUCGUCUUCCGGCUGUACCCGGAGGAGUCAGACUUUACCCAGGAGAUAUGGCGACACUGUCUCUUCAAUUUCAUCAGCAUAGCGGUGCACAGGAUACUUUGCGUGUUGCUCUUCUAUUACCUGAUGAAGUCGGAUUUCAAGCGUGGCAUUCCCCACGAAAUGCUGGAGAAGUACAGCAAGCGUAUAGCGUUCCAGAGCUCCUUGUCGCAGCUCUCAGGUGAUAUGGAGUGCAGCAUCUGCUUCGGACCCUACUGCGAUGGUGAGGAAGUUCGCAAGCUCGGCUGCCAGCACCACUUUCACCGGAAUUGUGUGGACGAAUGGUUGCUCGGUCACCAAAACCGCUGCCCUUUGUGCCUCUCAGUCGUUGGACCAUCCGAAUCACCCGGAUCAAGGCUGGCACUGUAAGGCUGAUUGCCUGGCACAGUUGCGACGUGUCUCACCUGUAUCUUUGCUUUCAUUUGAACGUUCCAAAAAGCCCGGUGUCAAUGUACAGGCAAGAGUCAAGGUUUCAUAGGGGGUUGGCAGCUCUGGCGAGUGCUGCUGAAACAGCAGCGGGGCAGUUGUUGUUUGACCUCAGCCGAUGGGCAAUGACUAGCCUGCGGGCCUUCGGGAGAAGCGCAUGGCAUUUGUGCCCCAGCUGUGGUUGGUGCCCAGCCAAAGUCUUUGGCUCCCGC